GACGACCUUGACCAGAUUCGGAAAGGACUGAAAAUCGAUUGGAAAGCAAAAUUGUACUCAACACUCAAAUCACGUCGAAGUGAACGUACCUCCAUGUGCAGCCAUCAGAUUCACAGCAAUACAGUCGUGGCUUCUUCCUCCAAGAAGGAGGUUUGGCAUGGCUCUGCACAUCCGGUGCUCGUCUGUCGAGAUCCGAUCCGCUCAUCAUGAACAAAUUCUUCCACCAUUGUCGACACUGGUAGCGGGCUAUGAGUCUGCGACUGAGAGACCUAGCGGGCUCUUCUCCCCAUCGCAAAUGAGAACAAUCUGCAUUCGAUUUGUGUGACCGAUGAACGGAAUCAUGUAUAUACUUGAAGAAGGGUUAUUGUGUUUUGGUGUUCUCGGCGUGUGAUAUAAUCAACACGAAGUGCAACGGAUAACAACAUGCUCGCUUCAGAUACUCCAGUAAUCAAAUUCAGGAUUCAGAUGCCCUCUGUAGGCAUCGCUGUACUACGUGAGUUGUCGGGCCCUCAGUAUACUAGUAUACUGCUUGGAUCUGUCUGGUACGUUAGGAUUUAGUUUUUUUUGAAAAGAUGAAAUUUUGGGAGUAGAUGAAUAAAAAUUUACAUUUUUCUGGUGAGAAUAAUAAUAACUAGACUAAAUAAAAAAAUGACUAGUUAGAAUCCAUGUUAGAUACCCUUUUGCUCGAGGUAGUGUUUUUACUCG